GUGAAUCAUUUUGUAACAAAGGAUAUAACGGUGUUGACAUGUUUCUGUGAAAAUAUCUUUAAAUAGUUUAAUAAAUUCGUUAUUGUUUCGCUAUUGAUGGUCUUAUUGAGGACAACGUUAAAUCUUCGGUUACGGAUAACGCGCGUCUUAUUUUAAGUGUGAUAGUUAAUCGAAAUAUGGAGGAAUUGAGAAUAUAUUGAGAAUAUCUCUUGAGAAUAUACACGCCUUUAUGGUAUUAAAAAAUCAAUGAUCGGUGCCCACUUAAAACACUGCAGACCGUGAGUUCGUUCAGAUACUGCAACAAAGAGUAUACUGUCAAUUAAAUUCUCAUCUAAAUUAGUGAAACCAUUGCGUCGUAUCCUUUAUUUAUUGAAUCCAAGCUCUCAAGUUCACCCGAUGUUAAGUGCAUUUAGUGAAAAGCCUGGUGAAGGAUAAUUCUACUAAAAAAAUUACGAUUUUUUUUUAUUAAAAAACCCGUACACAGUUGUUUUAUGAUGAGUGUUUGAAUACAUUAUUCAGGAGAACUAUGCGAAAAUGAGUUUAAAUAGGAUUAUCGCAAAUGGAGUCGGCGCGUCGGGAAAUAAGAAGAAUCCUAACGAAAGUCCCUGCUACUUCUGUAAUGAACUCUUCGAAAUGGGUCAGCUGCAGAAUCAUUUGAAACAAUGCGGCAGUAUCCUGGAACAGUGUCCUCUGCGCUGUGGCGCGUGGAUACAGAGGAAACACAAGGACACGCAUGUCAGGGAAUGCCCGCAAAUGGAGAAGGCUCGCAACUCUACAUCUCCGAGUCACGCCAGCAUGCCAGCCCCUGCCCCACCUGUACCACCAGCCUCCGUCCACACCUGGUCUCCGAGAUCUGUACCUCUGGAAGACUGCGUCUCGUACCUUGAGAAAGAAGUCGCUAACAUCAAGCUAGUGAUAACAGAAGAAAGUAGUCACCGCGACAUCCAGUCUACAGAGAUGGAGACGAUUCGCUCUAAGUUAGUGCUGGUCGAGGAACGGACUCAGCAUUUCCUGUCGACCCUGGUGUCUCUGAGAGCAGCCGUGGAUGAUGAGGCUAGUCGUUCCGCUAACUGGGCUGCACAGUUCAAACAUGACUUAGCCAACGUCCAGAUAGCUUUACAGGAGCUUCAAAGUCAACAGUUAUCAACUGCGAUGCGCUUGGAGAGCGCAGUCAGCAGUCUGGUCCACGAGCAGAACGAGAGGGAACUCCUCGAGCAGGCCCUCACGCAGCACGACAGCAGGAUACGGGCCGUUUAUAAGCUUGAGGAUGUCAUUGAAUACUUGAAGCAAACAGUGGAAGAGGAGAGGGAACGCAACGCUGAAAAUCGUGCGGCAUUAGAGACGGAACUGCUGGAGGCGCGCAGGUCUUCGGAACAGCUGGCCCAGCUGUCCGCUUUGAGAAGCCAGCUGCAAAACAGUGGCCCGGAUAGACCGAGUAUAGAUCGGCUGGCAGUGUUAGAAGUGGCCACAGCCGAUGCCAGGGCAGAGGCGGCGGAGCAUGCAGCGAAGAUGGACAUCGUUUCCAGAGACCUCCGAGCGCUGACUAAAUCCUACCACAAGCUGAGAACGGAACUAGCAGACUUCCAAGCAAAAAUCAGUUUUAACCAUCACGAGAUGGGCAGUGAUGACGGGCAUUUCAUUUGGAGAAUCGAGAACUAUACAGCGCGAAUGAAAGACGCCAGAGAAAACGACACAGUUCUGAGUAGUCCUAUAUUCCGGACUCACAAAUAUGGAUACACGCUUAAGGCGGAAUUGAACCUUAAUGGCAUAGGGAAAUGGAAGGGCCGCCACAUCACCUGCACGGUGAGGCUGGUCGGAGGGCCGUACGAUCCUCUGCUGGAGUGGCCCUGUGACCUCAACAUCAACAUCGUACUUAAAGACCAGCCUGCUAACAGAAAGCAGGCUAUGGACAUUGUCAAGUCCUUACAAUUGCGUCGGAAGUCGUCAUCGCAACGUCACGACUACGACCACGCAGACGAGGAGGCGAAGACCAAGUCGAACGAGGCGCUGGACAAAUCGGUUCUUCAAAUGAAGAGGCAGUACAUAUUCAUACCACACGCCAGCUUAGACAAGUUCGAUUACAUCAAAAACGAUGUUAUGUUCCUUGAGUUUUUAGCCAAUCAGUAAUUUGUUUUAAAAGGUAUAUGUAUAGUGCGUUUUACGGGCAACUGUCUCUCUUCUAAAUGUAAUAAUAAUUCUCUUAUUUUAUUAUAAUAGUAGCGACUCGCCCUCGCUUCGCUUUGGAGACAUUAAAUUUUAUGUUGAUAGCUGAAUCCCGUGAUGUCACCCGCGGUUAUUGUAGUACCGCGGGUGACGCCGCAGGCCGAAGCUAGUCUAAAAAGAGUAGCUUAAGUUACGCCUUAUAUCAUCAGCUACCUAUCAGUGAAAGUCUCAGUCAAAAUCGAUCCAGCCGUUCCAGAGAUUAGCAGGAACAAACAGACAGACAGACAAAAAUUGUAAAAAAUGUUAUUUUGGUGUAUAAAGCGUAUACAUAUUCAUAUGCAUGUAGUAAAAAGCGGUUAUUUCAAAAUUACAAACAGACACUCCAAUUUUAUUUAUAUGUAUAGAUGAUAUGUCAUUAUUUACGGAAAACAUUUGAUUACACAAUGAAAACUACUUUCACGAUUUA